AUGCAGUGCCCCAUGGACACUGCUGCUAGUGGAACCUCACCAGUGAUGCAAUUCCAUAGCAAUGCUGAUGAGUCGACCUCCCAUUCAUCUCCAUUGGCAACAUUAAUAGAACGUUCACAGCGCCAUUGCUAUGGGGAUGGAAUCCCAGGCGAAUUUCCCCUUGCUGCUACAUGCACAUUUUUCAGUAAACCUGCAAAUUUUGCACCAAACUUUGCGUUGUCGCUUCCAGAGCUUGCGGCAUUUGAUACGUGCCAGAAAAGGACCAUGUUUAAGCUGAUGAAGCAAGAAGAUCAGGAGUGUCUGAAACAACGGUGUGGAGGCUCUUGGAAACAUGUUCUUAAGUAUAUUUUGGUUAGGGAGAAGAAUGGUUCUCGGGUGAUCGCCGGGCCAGGCCAUAGUAUAGUUAUCACCUCAAAUGGAGAUGUAUAUUCAUUUGGGGCAAACUGCUCCGGUCAGCUUGGCCUUGGGGAUUCAGAAGACCGGUUCAGGCCAUGUAUUAUUAGGUCUCUACAAGGCAUCAGAAUCACACAAGCUGCAGUUGGAUCAAGAUGGACAAUGCUUGUGAGUGACACAGGAAGCGUCUAUGCAUUUGGGAAGGAUAAUUUCAGGGGUGCAGAAUUAGUUGAUGAUGCUCCUAUUCAGAUUACAACUCCUAAGGUUGUGGAGUCAUUGAAGGGUGUUUUUGUAGUUCAAGCAGCCAUAGGGGGCUACUUCUCUGCAGUUCUGUCUAGAGAGGGUCGAGUUUACACUUUCUCAUGGGGCAAAGCUGAGAGGCUUGGCCACAGUUCGGAUCCUUCAGAUGUUGAACCUCGUCUUCUCUCUGGACUUGAGGAUGUUCCUGUUGCAUAUAUCUCUGCAGGAAAUUGCUACCUUCUUAUGUUGGCCUACCAGCCAAAUGGAAUGUCUGUGUAUUCUGUGGGUUGUGGUUUAGGGGGCAAGCUUGGGCAUGGAUGCAAAACUAAUAAGGGGAUGCCCAAGUUGAUUGAACAGUUUCAGUCCUUGAGCUUUAAACCAAUUUCAAUAGCAGCUGGCACUUGGCAUGCCGCAGCCCUUGGUGCUGACGGCCGUGUGUGCACCUGGGGUUGGGGCCACACUGGUUGUCUGGGGCAUGGUGAUGAGGAAUACAAGGCUGUUCCCACAGUGGUUGAAGGAUUACGCAACGUGAAGGCCGUUCAUCUCUCCACUGGUGAAUACACAACAUUUGUCGUUGCUGAGAAUGGGGAUGUAUACUCCUUUGGAUCCGGUGAAUCCUUGCUUUUCCAGGAGGACGAUGAGGCAGAGGAGGGUCCGGAUUUCUCGACACCGAGCAUAGUCAGCUCGCUCAAGGCUCUGAACAAGAAGGUCGUGCAGAUCAGCCCCACAAACGCCUCGUACUGGCUGAACUCGGAAAUGGGUCACCCGCACACAUUUGCGGUAAUGGACUCCGGUGACUUGUGUGCCUUCGGAGGAGGGAUCAGAGGCCAGCUCGGCGUGAAGCUCCUUGAGGGUGUAGAAAAAGUGAGCGUCCCGAUGCAUGUUCCGAUUGGUCUCAACUGA